AUGCAAGGGCAGGAAAAUAGAGACCAUAUCUUUUGUGAUUGUGCUGUCACCAAAGAAACAUGGGCAAAAUUAGAGUUUGCAUGGCCCCAGAACAUUUUACAGUCUGAAUAUAUGGAAUGGUUUACCUGGACGGUGUUAAACAGUAAAACAAAAGUAGUCCGAAUAUUUCUCUACGCCAUAUGGGCUAUCUGGUCAACUAGGAAUAGUUGGGUUCACGAAACUCAGAAGCGGUCUAGAGCAGAAACAGCAAAUUUCAUCAAGAAGUACAUACAAGAACUAAAAGAUAUUGAAAGAAAGGAACUCACCUCGGAUCAGAAUCUCAAGUCAUGGAGGCCUCCGCCACAAGGUUUCUUCAAUAUCAACUUCGAUGCUGCUUUCGAUAAAAAGGAGAAAAAGUCAUGUUCAGAAGUAAUAGUCGGGAAUCCCAAAGGAGUAGUUACAGUAUCAAAAGAGCAAAUACAUACCAACAUUUCCUCUAGUUUUGCAGCUGAAGCCAUUGCAUGUUUACAAAGAACAGAAAAUGCAGAAGCACAUAACCUGGCAUCAGAGGGGCUAAAAAUGGACAGGCAAAGAGAUGCUAACCACGGUCAUGCAAUGACAUCUCUAAUCGGGGCUGGCAACGACACCUCUAAAAAUGGACAGGUUGAUACUGAAGCAAAAGUUGAUCGAGGCUGGAAACGACAUCUCUAA